AUGAAACUCUUCACACAUGAAGAGGCACAGACCUACUACCAUAGCCUCCUGCGUUGGGGCUCCCUCGGUGGCCUCGCUGGUCUCUCUGGAGGACUACUGGUUGUAAGCGCCUUGAAUCGCUUCUACCCCACCUUUAGGGCCUUUACUCCGUCCAUCAAGGGCUCCCUAGCGCUCUAUCCUGGGAUACUUGGGACAGCGGCAGGCGCAAAUCACGCCGCUCAUCUCUUUAAACACCACCAACAUCCAGAUAUUGAAUAUACAGACACCACAGAGCAGAUCUACAAGCACCUACGGCAUAGGGAAGCUCCCUCACAGCAGAUAAAGGAAUUGACUUAUGAGCACCGGUACAUACUCUGUGCCGGAACCUGGGCUGCGACAAUGAUGAUCACCUUGGGACUGUUGCGGCGGGAUUCAUUGAUGACACAAACACAAAAACUAGUACAGGCGCGGGUGGUUGCACAGGCAUCAACAAUCCUUAUCCUGCUCCUGACGACAGUGAUGGAGCUACGGGAUGUGAGUGCAGGGCGGGGAAAGUAUGAGGAGGUGAUGGUGGUUGCACCGGGAGAUCCGAGGUAUCAGCAUCUGAAGAGGAUAAGAUUUGAGCCGAAUUUAAUGGAGACAAAAUCGGAUUAG